CUUGAAUACUGAGAUUGAUCAAAUCAAGAAACAAAAAAAAAAAGAAGGAAUUAUGAAGACAAAGACAUACGACUUCAUAUGUAUUGUAGCGUCUGUCCUAAGUUUUCUCAUCAAUGGCUCAUCAGCAGCAGCAACAUCUCAAAAUGGUAACUCUUCAACUUCUUGUAGCAAAACCUGUGGAGGAGUCUCGAUCCCGUUCCCUUUCGGAAUCGGCGGGAAGGAUUGCUAUCUCAACAGGUGGUACGAGGUUGUCUGCAACGCCACCACUUCCGGAACGACCGUUCCGUUCCUCUCACGGAUAAAUGCUGAAGUGGUGAAUAUCUCUCUUCCAGAUGGAUAUAAACCAUAUGGAGUUUUGCUCAUCAAAGGUCCUGUGACUUCUUUGGAUUGUUCUAGUAACACUAGCCAAGGACUCAAUAAGUCCCGGCCAGAUUUGAACAUCACAGGCAAAGGCAGCCCUUACUUCAUCACAGAUAACAACCGCCUUGUGGCGGUUGGCUGCGGUACAAAGGCCUUGAUGACGGGUAUCGAAUCAGAGAUCUUGGGUUGUGAAUCGAGCUGUACAGAGAGCAAGAGUGGUCAACAAGUAACAAACUCAAUCUGUGACGGCUACAAAUGCUGCCAGACGAGAAUACCACUGGACCGUCCACAAGUCAUAGGUGUGGAUAUAGAUGCCACAGGAGGAGAAGGCUGCAGAGUUGCCUUCUUGACUGACAAAAGAUACUCACCCUCAAAUGUCACUGCACCAGAACAGUUCCACGCUGGUGGCUACGCGGAGGUGGAGCUAGGCUGGUACUUUGAUACUUCGGAUUCUCAGUUUAGAAACAACCCCUUAGGUUGCAGAAAUUGGACCCAUUACGGCUCUUACGACUCUGAUACGAGAUGUCUUUGUGAGUAUGGUUACUUUAACGAGAUGAGUUAUAGGAACUGUUAUUGCCCCAUUGGCUUCACAGGGAAUCCGUACCUUCGAGGGGGUUGUGUAGAAGCUGAUAUGUGCAAAGAACCUGGUGUCUGUAAAGAAGGCACUUGUGAGAACAUGCGUGGAUCGAUGUACACGUGCAAGCCCAAGCCCGUGAUAACCAAGCCGGGCAAGUCCUUCCUGCUUGGAGGUGAGUUCCAAUGCAUCUUGUAGAUUACAAGGCUGAAGAGAAAGUAGUGUUACUUAUGUGUUUCCUUUUAUGCUGCAGGGGUUCUAAUUGGUGUGUUGGGACUAAUGUUUUUAGUUGGUGGGAUCUUCUGUUUGUUCGUACUUAUAAGGAAGCGAAGGAGGAUCAUUCGUGGGAGGAAGUUCUUCAAACGUAAUGGAGGCUUGUUGUUGAAACAACAACUAACAACUACAAACGAUGGAAAUGUAGAUAUGUCGAGGAUAUUUAGCUCAAAAGAGUUGGAGAAAGCCACUGAUAACUUCAGCGUGAAGAGGGUGCUUGGGCGAGGAGGUCAAGGAACUGUGUACAAAGGAAUGCUGGUGGAUGGCAGGAUCGUUGCGGUUAAAAAGUCAAAACUUGUGGAUGAAGAUAAGCUGGAUAGUUUCAUCAACGAGGUCGUCCUUCUCUCACAGAUAAACCACAGGAACAUUGUGAAACUCUUGGGGUGUUGCUUGGAGACAGAAGUUCCAAUCCUGGUUUAUGAAUAUAUUCCAAAUGGAGAUCUGUUCAAGCGUCUUCAUGAUGAAUCUGAUGAUUACAACAUGACUUGGGAAGUGCGUCUUGGAAUAGCCGUGGAGAUUGCUGGAGCACUUGCAUACAUGCAUUCAGCUUCAACGUUUCCAAUAUACCACAGAGAUAUCAAGACUACUAAUAUACUGUUGGACGAGAAUUACCGAGCCAAGGUUUCUGAUUUUGGAACUUCAAGAUCGGUAACAAUAGAUCAAACUCACUUGACAACACUAGUUGCAGGGACUUUUGGUUACAUGGAUCCUGAAUACUUCCUAUCAAGCCAAUAUACCGACAAGAGUGAUGUCUACAGCUUCGGGGUUGUCUUGGCAGAGCUCAUAACAGGAGAAAAACCACUAUCUCGUGUCCGGUCCGAAGAAGGAAAGAGCUUAGCAACUCAUUUCCUUGAGGCCAUGAAAGAAAACAGAGUGGUUGACAUCGUUGAUGAUCGAAUCAAAGAGGAAAGCAAGCUGGGCCAAGUGAUGGCAGUCGCAGAAGUCGCUGGAAGGUGUCUAAGCCGGAAAGGAAGGAAGCGGCCAAACAUGAGAGAGGUUUCGAUUGAGCUGGAGAGGAUCAAAUCAUCACCUGAAGAUCUAAAAGUACAUUUAAUAAACAAUGAAGAAGCUGCUCAAGCCAUGGAAAUCAAGAAAACAUAGUCAUUGGGGAACACUAAGGUCAAUAAGUGUAAGAAACUUCUUUUUAUUUUUAAUUAAUGAACAAAAAUGAAUUAUGUUUUCGAUUAUAAACUCUGGAAUUUUCACCAUGUAAUAAUAAUAUAAUACACACAAAUGUCACAAUAAAAUCACAAAAAAAAAAGAAUGUAGUAGAGCAAGAACAAUCAUGGAGAGUUGUUCAGCUUUGGCUCUCGAUGACACACUCUAGAAAAAUUUCAGCUUCCCUUUGGAGAGAGCUUGGACAUGUUGUAACUGACACAUUGCCUUCUCUUUACCCGUCAAGCCGUAGCACAAGGAGUGCCUAGCGCCUAACGUGACUGCAAAAUA